AUGUCGCAGUUGGGGAAGGGUUCGAGCGCCAUGGUCUAUGGCAUCGUUCAGUAUGACUUCCAGGCCGAGCGACCGGACGAACUAGACGCCAAAGCUGGCGAGGCCAUUAUUGUUAUCGCCCAGUCGAACCAGGAAUGGUUUGUCGCCAAACCUAUCGGUCGCCUGGGUGGCCCAGGUCUCAUUCCCGUCUCCUUCCUCGAACUUCGCGAUAUGCAGACAGGUCAAGCGGUCACCGAUCCCCUCGAAGCUGUGAGGCGUGCCGGCGUGCCGAAGGUGGAAGAAUGGAAGAAGAUGACGGCCGAAUACAAGAACAGCAGCAUCACGCUCGGCAAGAUCGACUCCGCUGGUGGCUCGUCAAUGCAGUCCGUCACGUCGAGCAUGGACAAGAUGUCUAUCGGGCGUCAGAGUCAAAUGAGUCAGAAUGGCCAGUCUCAGGGCUACCACACUCGCAAUGCCAGUAAAGGUUCUCUUGUGCAACAAGUUUCGCACCAGUCGCAGCAAAGUUAUCAUCAGUCAUUGAUGGCGCCCAUCGCGGCGUCUAUUCCCCGGUACUGCUUCGACAACGACAAAUACUGGUACAUUAUCGAGGCCAAAAUGGAGGACGGUCGCUGCUGGGAAUUGGCCCGCUACUACCACGACUUCUACGAUUUCCAAAUCGCACUUUUGACUCAAUUUGAGGAGGAAGCGGGUAACCGUGGAAAGCCGCGCACUCUGCCGUAUAUGCCCGGACCAGUCACCCAUGUCACGGACGCCAUCUCCAACGGCCGCCGACAGAAUCUGGAUGAAUACAUCAAGAAACUCUUGGCUAUGCCGCCUCAUAUCUCUCGCUGCCAACUGGUCCGUCAGUUAUUCGCCCCUCGCGCUGGUGACUUUGAAAUCGACCCGAACGCAUUUGGCGAAGAGACGCGGUUCUCUGGUGGCUCGCAUCAUUCUUCGGCCAAUGAGCCGUCGCGGAGUGUGUCGCGCCAGUCAUCGCAGGCACCGAUCGCUGUUCACACAGAGCGCAACUCACACCAGCGCGGUCAACCCUCCCUGUCACUCUCCAAUGGCGGGCCACCCCCGAUGAACCGUCAACCUAGCUCGUUAACACAGGUGUCGACGUCGAGUGGCGGUGCCAUGAAAGUUAAGGUUUUCUUCCAGGACGACCUCAUUGCAAUUCGGGUCCCGAACGACAUCAGCCUUCAACAGCUCAAGGAGAAGCUCAUGGACCGCCUGAAGAUUCAGGAUGAGAUCAUGGUUCAGUACAAGGACGAACCGUCCGGGACGUACGUUGAUCUGGCCACGGACAGCGACCUGGACACGGCGAUCCAGCGGAACUCCAAGCUCACACUAUAUGUUGGACUUGCAUAG